CAGCGGCUCCUCCACAAUCUGUCCUAGCGCUCGGCAUUAGUGUGUGAGCAGCAAUCCUCUGUGGAAGAAGCGUUAGCCUGAGGUGGAAGCCAUGACGGUCUGGGGAUCCUGCACGCCGGGGAGGCGGCUGCUGCUGCUCUGCUGCCUGCACGUCAUGAUUACCCUGUGUAUGGCAGAUGACGACCACGACUGUAAAAUCGGCAGUUGCACACAUGAGACUAACUGGGUGAACCUGUGGUAUGUGUGGCUGAUCCUGGUCACCAUACUGCUGCUCUUGCUCUGCGGGACCACAGCCAGCUGCGUCAAGUUCUGUUGUAAAAAGAAGAAACCACCUGUGCAGACCCUGCCCAAUCAUCCCUAUGAAGUGACUGUAAUCGCUAUCGAUAACGACAGCACCAUCCACAGCACGGUCACCUCAUACAGCUCUGUCCAGUACCCUCACAUGUUUGCUUUUGGCGACCCUGACAGAAGCACCCUCUCACCCCCAGCUUAUAGUCUAUAUGCUCUAGAGCUCCCGCCAGCCUAUGAAGAAGCCGUCAAGAUGGCUAAGCCCAAUAAUGAAGUUGGCCCCCCUGUGGCUGGCCCGAGACUAGAGGACAUCACCGAGCACGAGGGACCUGAAGAGGAGCCAGAGCAGCAAGCUGUAUCCAAUGUCACUGACUCACCGCCACAGUAUGAAGAGACUGAAAUUACAAGUCAUGUCCAGUGAUGACUAACUAUAGAUCAGGAACCCUCUCCUUGUGGCUUGGAAUCUAAAAGGGUCAUGUUCUGCUAAUGUUGCCAGGGAAUAAGACCACCCCCUUCAAUCUAUUUGCAGUGUUGUGACCUACAUAUAAGGCUCAAACUUUGUAGAUGAAGCCUUCAGGUCCUCUCCACUCUCGUAUCAUGUGAACAGAAUAUUAAUACCCUCUGACUGUCCUGUAAAUAACUGGUGUCUCCUCUACAGAUGAAAGAUCUAACAGAUGGUUCUGCAAAAACUGUGCUGGCCUCCUAGCAAUACUGGCCUCCUAAACUCUUGGCCUGUAUAUCCAGAAGGAAAUGUAGGGAAGAAUAUGUGGGGUGCAGGGAACCCUGUAAUGCAAUAUACACAGGGGCAGUUUCCACAUCACUACGGUAUUGCUUGCUCACAAAAAAUACCUGUAAAUAGAUUUUUUUUAUUUUGAGCUCUGGUGUCAAGUUUUUAGGCUGAGAUACUGGAUUUGAGACUUUAUCCCUGCACAACUAGGCUGGCUAACUUGGCAUAGGUAGUGCCCAGCUGUCUCGGGCAGUCCCACAAAGAAUGAAUGGGGUAGUACCACACAAGUUCAACCUGCAGCAGGUGGGGAUUCAGGACCCCUGUUCUUGCGGUCACAUCCAUAUGAAUCAGAUACUUAUUCCCUAUCCUCUUCUGACACAAGCCCUUCCAAGUGCUGUAGGAAUGUUGGUGGCAUUCCUAGUGAGGGCUGUAUUGGUUGUCACCCAGCUUUCCCAGAGACCGAUUGUUUAAGAAUCCAGACCUUUUAUAAUUGUGAUACACUAGUUCAUCUCAAGGACUUGCUUGUUCAGCAGAUUUUAGGGAUAAAUUCCAGAAUUUUCAGAUUGAAAACCUUGACUCUGUGCCACCCACCUCAAAAUUUAAUAGGAAUAGGUGUUGCAUAUGUAUUUCCAUCAGCCUUGCCUAAACUUUUAUGAUCUCUCCCUGUGUAAGUGAUAUGUUUGCGGUCCCUGUACUGUUGAAUUAACCCUACUUCUGCUGGAUGUGUCCCAGACCAAGGAGUGACUAUGCACCACACUUGUAGCAUGAUUUUUACCUCUUCACCAGUUUGUGCCAACUCUCCUGAACAUUCCACGUGCCAUCUCUGGAUUGAGGUUCCUAUCAAUCGUUGUCCUUCUUGCGGAAGGAUCCAUUUUUCUAGCAAAUUGCUGGCAGAACUCGUUGCUACGUAACGGCUUUUACUCCAGUACAUGUCCAGAUCAUUCUGUUAUGAAGAACUUGCAGUAUGUGUAUAGUAAUGUAGAUAUCUGGUAUGUUUUAAAGUAUAACUUAAAAUGUGUUUGUAAUUAUCUUUUUCUUUUUUUAUUAACUGUUCUGUAAAAAUGCCAAUAAAAUUCUAACUGCUCA